AAAUUCUUGAAAAACAAUUGCAGGAAUUGUGCACAUGUUGCCGUUGUCUGUUUGCUUACGCAAGUCGUUGCGCAUACGCAGCGUGUGGCCGUGUUUACCGUUAGCACAGACUGAGCCACCCAAAGCCACCCAUCCACAAAAGAAACUUCCAGUCGACCAGCCAGGCAGAAGGCAGAGCUUGCGUCAAUGUCAUAAAACUUUCUCACUCAAAUCAGUACCGCUGGAACGAUGACACCAAAGUGGAAAGUUUCAAUAAUACUUUUGUAUUCUCUUCUAAUCGAAAAUGUUUACACAAAGGCCAGUGUGAAGUUUACAAAUGUUAAAUGUGGAUCUCUUGAACCAAGCUUGACCACCAUCGAUCAGUGUCGCCUUCAUGCGAUUAGCCGCAACAAAACCGUCCUAAACAUUGCGAUUAAUUUGCUGAAGGCAGCCAAACAACUAGAGGUCCAUUGGCAAACGAAAGUAUGGGGAAAUGGCUACAAGCCCUGGUUAGGGGAAUAUGAUAUCGACUUCUGUGGCUACUUACGCAAACCUAAUCAUCCAGUGUUCAAAAUAUUGUAUGACGCCAUCAAGCCCUUCACAAACAUAAACCAUUCGUGUCCCCUUUCGGGCAUGCUUUAUAUUAAGGACAUGUACUGGGACAUCUCCAACUAUAAAUUGCCUAUGCCAUCUGGAGACUAUUUAGUGCUUCUCACUUGGAAACAGAACAAAAUUCCCUGCAUGUACACGAAUAUAUAUUUCAAUUUUAAGCAGGAUAUUAUUUUCGAUUGACUAUGUUCUUGAAAAAUUAAUAUAAAUUGAAAUAUCAAAUUUAAAUGCAAUUACGUAUUGUCAAAUAUGAGUUUCUUAAAACUCAAAAUAAAAGUUCCAUUACAAUGCUAUGAUUUC